AAAAAAAAAAAAAAAAAAAAAAAACGCCAAAAAAAUAAAAUAAAAUUCGGGGUAGCCAUGGAUAGAGCUAGCACAAUAAUGCUGGUGGCCUUUCUACUUUGCCUCUCCACCACCGUGAGGGCGGAGGACCCUUAUCUAUUCUACACUUGGAAGGUGACCUAUGGCACCAUUUCACCCAUGGGUGUACCUCAACAAGUCAUUCUCAUCAACGGCCAAUUCCCAGGUCCUAAGAUCAAUUGCACCUCCAACAACAACGUUAUUGUUAACGUUUUCAACGAGCUAGAUGAGCCAUUAUUGUUCACUUGGAGUGGCAUCCAGCAAAGGAAGAAUUCAUGGGUUGAUGGCACUCCCGGGACCAUGUGCCCUAUCCUGCCUGGCACUAACUUUACCUAUAAGUUCCAGGUGAAAGACCAGAUCGGAAGCUAUUUUUAUUUCCCAACCACUAGUCUACAACGUGCCGUGGGCGGCUAUGGCCCAAUCAAUGUCCAUAGCCGUGAACUCAUCCCUGUCCCAUUCGAUAGACCCGCUGAGGAAUUCAAUGUUUUUGUGAGUGAUUGGUAUAAGAAAGGCUACAAGACAUUGAAGAAGAUUCUUGAUAAUGGUCAGACCAUUGCUAGGCCUGAUGGGUUGGUGAUGAAUGGGAAGAAUGGGAAGGUGGGAGAGAAUAAACUUAACCCACUUUUCACCAUGGAACCAAGCAAGACUUAUAGGUAUAGAGUUUGCAAUGUGGGGUUGAGAACUUCGGUUAAUUUUAGAUUCCAAGGACAUUCAAUGACGUUGGUAGAAAUAGAGGGUUCACAUACUGUUCAAAAUGUAUACGAUUCCCUUGAUCUCCACGUUGGGCAGUGCCUAUCGGUUCUUGUGACGGCUAACAAGGAGGCUAAGGACUAUUACUUAGUCGCCACCAGCAGAUUCUUCAAGCAAGAAUUCUCCACCGUAGCUCUUAUCCGCAACGGCAACGGCAACGGGGGUCCCGCGACCCCGGAGCUUCCACCACCCCCGCCGGUAAACACCGAGGGCAUCGCUUGGUCCAUCAACCAAUUCCGCUCCUUCCGGUGGAACCUCACCGCCAGCGCCGCCCGCCCCAACCCGCAAGGCUCAUACCACUACGGCCAAAUCAACAUCACCCGCACCUUCAAGCUCGUUAACUCCAAGACCCAAGCAAACGGAAAGCUCCGAUACGCAAUCAACGGCGUCUCCCACACCGACCCCGACACCCCAUUAAAGCUCGCCGAGUACUUCGAAAUCCCCGGGAAAGUAUUCAAGUACGACAUCAUGGGCGACAACCCUCCCGACAAUCUUGAAAAUCCGGCGACUCUAGCCCCCAAUGUCGUCAACGCCACAUUCCGCAACUUCGUCGAGAUCAUAUUCGAAAACCACGAAAAGACCAUCCAAACCUACCACCUCGACGGCCACUCAUUCUUUGCGGUGGGAAUCGAGCCAGGAAAAUGGAGCCCAGAGAAGAGAAAGAACUACAACUUGGUGGACGCUAUAAGCAGGCACACCAUUCAAGUUUACCCCAACUCCUGGGCGGCUAUCAUGACCACUCUGGAUAAUGCCGGAAUGUGGAACCUAAGAUCGGAAAUGUGGGCAAGAACAUACUUGGGACAACAAAUGUACUUCAGUGUUCUUUCUCCGGAACGUUCGCUGAGGGAUGAACACAAUAUUCCAGAUAACCAGCUUCUCUGUGGCUUGGUCAAGGGCAUGUCUGUGCCUCAUCCGUACACCAUUUAAAGGGCUGGGUUAAUUGGUUAAAAUGCUUUGAAGAAUAUAUAUAUAGUGUUGUAGAGAUGGAGGGGUGGGUGGAAUUCUAGAGCAUGACUCUAGUCUUUUCAAUUUGGCGUUAAUAUGAAUGAAUGAAAUAAAUGGAAAAGAAGAAGGUUUGGUUUCCUUAA